AAGCUUCCUUUGCUCCACCCCCUCUUUUCCCCCAAACACAGAGCAGAAAUUCACCUGUGAGAGAGUUGUUUCCAAGCUCCUGCAGGACCCGGCACACCCAGGACACAUGGCACAGGGCACUCAGCACAUCUCUGCAGGGAUGGUGCAGACAGCCUCCCUCUCCGGCAUGAAGCACCUCACCUCUGCGCCCCGGGCAGCCCUGGUCCUCAGCCUGGUCUUUGCCACCUUCCACUCGGCUUGCUUAGCAGAAGCAAGCAGCAACAACAACUCAACCUUGACCGCCCACCACCCAGACCCUGGGACCCUGGAGCAGUGCCUCAAUGUCGACUUCUGCCCGCAAGCAGCCCGGUGUUGCCACUCUGGAGUGGAUGAAUACGGCUGGAUCGCGGCCGCCGUUGGUUGGAGUCUCUUGUUUCUCACCCUCAUCCUGCUCUGUGUGGAUAAACUGACGAAGCUAACUCCAGAUGAGCCCAAGGACUUGCAAGCAUGAGACGUAGAAUCGUAGCCCCAAGAAUGUCAAUCACCACCCAAUUGUGGAUGGCAGUGGGAGGGGAGUAGUGCUAAUGCAGUUUCUAUUAUUUUCAAGUCAUUUUCACCUUUAAGCUUCAGCUACUUUUAAGGGAGAAGAAGAAGGAAGGGGAUCCAAAAAAGGCCAGGCCAGUGCUACCUUCACAUCUAAUUUCCAAAGGCACUUGGGCCUUCCGAGCCCUGAUAAUCACCUUCCUCCAGACGAUCCCUAUGGGAAUUGCUUCUAUUUUAACCAUCGCUCUCUUCUGGGACCCCAGGGUGGUGCACAAGAAAAGAUUUAGUUUUUGAGUCAACACA